AUGAAUCCUCCUGAAUGUUUAAGUGGCUAUAAUAAAAUUAGGAAAUUGGGAUGUGGUACCUAUGGAGAGGUCUGGUUGUAUGAAAAAGAUAGAAAGUAAUAUGCAAUAAAGUUUGAGCACUAAAAUAAUUAGACAAUGAGUUUAUUGUAAGAGAAAGUAAACUUGAGAUAGAUGUGGAUUAAUUCUAAUGGAAAAGAACUCAAUAUAUCAAGACUUAAUCUGUUUGAAUAUUCAUAAUCUAAUGAGAAAAAUCAAGGAAAAUCAUAUAUCUCUUAUCUAGUCCUCGACUUCUACCCAUAAACUUUUGAUUCUCUAUAUAUGACUAUGUUUUCGAAAAGUGAUGACCUAAAAUAUUAGUAUGUGACGUAGACAAUUAAGUUACUGCAAUAAUUUCAUUAGAAAGCACUUUUUAUUCAUAGAGAUAUCAAGCCAGACAAUUUUAUGGGGAAAGAUAAAUAGCUCUACUUGAUAGACUUUGGAACAGCAAAAAAGAGUUUCAAUAUUAUUAAAUUGGCACACCGUUAACAAGUUCUGUUCAUGUUUAAAGAAAGUUGCCCCAUCUUCAAGGUGAUGAUAUAAUAUCUUGUCUUUACAGUUUACUAAUGGCUUUUGAACUACAAAGUAUUUCCUGAUAAUUAAGUGUAAGAAAAACUAGCCAAGCAAAAUUAAAUAGGAUAAUAAUGA